GAGACCAGUUUCAUCCUCACCUACAGGCUCCAGUCUCCCAGUGUCCCAGGUAGCUCCUAGGACCCCAGAGACAAAAAUAGAGAUGGAAGAGACCUUUGUGGUGGAGAGCCCAGAUGUCACUUAUGAGCCUGACUUCAUCCAGGCCCACUACAUGUACCAGACGACCCGGGUCAGCCGGGAUGGAGGCGUUACUAAGGUGCACCCCAUUUCCACCCACUUCACAUUCCGUACCGAGCGGAAAGUGCCCCGAUUGGGGGUCAUGCUAGUGGGCUGGGGUGGAAAUAACGGCUCCACAGUGACAGCAGCUGUGUUGGCCAACCGGCUUCAUCUCUCCUGGAUGACCAAGACUGGUAAGAAGGAAGCCAACUAUUAUGGUUCUCUUCUGCAAGCUGCCACGGUAAGCCUGGGCAGUGAUGGCCAUGGCCAAGAUGUCCACGUCCCCUUUCAUGCCCUGCUGCCUAUGGUUUCACCUAAUGACAUCGUCUUCGAUGGCUGGGACAUCUCUUCCCUGAACCUGGCAGAGGCCAUGAAGCGGGCACAGGUGCUAGACUGGGCACUGCAGGAACAGCUGAGGCCACAUAUGGAACAACUGCGGCCCCGGCCCUCAGUCUACAUCCCCAAGUUCAUUGCUGCAAACCAAGAGAAACGAGCAAAUAACCUCAUUCCUGGCUCUCGGGCCCAGCAGCUAGAGCAGAUCCGCAAGGACAUCCGUGAGUUCCGAACCAGCAGUGGGGUGGACAAAGUCAUCGUCUUAUGGACGGCCAACACCGAGUGCUUCUGUGAUGUGGUACCCGGUCUCAAUGACACAGCGGAAAACCUGCUUCAGGCCAUUGAGCGGGACCUCGAGGUGUCCCCCUCCACAAUGUUUGCGGUAGCCAGCAUCUUGGAAGGCUGUUCCUACAUCAACGGAGCUCCCCAGAACACCUUCGUGCCAGGGGCGAUAGAGCUCGCCAUGCAAAGACGGGUCUUCAUCGGAGGAGAUGACUUCAAGUCAGGCCAAACCAAGAUCAAGUCUGUGCUCGUAGACUUCCUCAUUAGUGCUGGCCUAAAGACGGUGUCCAUCGUGAGCUACAAUCACCUGGGCAACAACGAUGGCAAGAACUUGUCCGCCCCGCAGCAGUUCCGCUCCAAGGAGGUCUCCAAGAGCAGUGUUGUUGAUGAUAUGGUACAGAGCAACCCAUUGCUCUAUGGCCCCGGGGAGGAGCCUGACCACUGUGUCGUGAUCAAAUAUGUCCCUUAUGUGGGGGACAGCAAGCGUGCCCUGGAUGAAUACACAUCAGAGAUUAUGCUUGGCGGCACCAACACCAUCGUCCUGCAUAACACAUGUGAGGAUUCCCUUCUGGCCAGCCCCAUCAUCCUGGACCUAGUGAUCCUCACGGAGCUGUGCCAGCGCAUCACGUUCUGCACUGACAGCGACCCCCACUUCCAGAACUUCCAUCCUGUCCUCUCCAUCCUCAGUUUCCUCUGCAAGGCUCCGCUGGUGCCCCCAGGCACCCCCGUGGUCAAUGCCCUCUUCCGGCAGAGAAGCUGCAUUGAGAACAUUCUCAGGGCAUGUGUGGGUCUUGCUCCCCAGAACCACAUGUUGCUGGAACACAAAAUGGAGCGCGUAAGCAGUGGGUUUCGACGUGAGAAUGCUGAAGCCCCUGCCUGCCCUGUGCCCAGGAAGAAGGGGGUGACGGCUUCUCCUCCCAAUGGUUAUGUGGGUGGCACCAAUGGGCAUACACAUGCUAAUACCCAGCAUGCCUCUGCCACCUAGCACCUUGGGCUCUUCACCAGUGGCCCCUGCCAGUCUCACCCCUUACCAUGGUGCCUACCAAGGCCAUUGUAAACCCAUCCUCUCCAAUCACAAUAAAUCUGGCAUGAGAAUGGCA